AUGGAAGACGAACAGGUAAAACCUAUUAGCUUGAAGGCCUUAGUGGACAAGGAGAGCAAAAAAGUUAUCUUUGCUGAAUCAAAUGAGGAAUUUAUUGAUGUCCUCUUUAGUUUCUUGACGAUGCCAAUGGGAACAAUCAUCAGGCUCAUCCGUAAUCGACCUCCAACGAUGGGGAUAGGCUGCAUGAAUAAUUUAUAUGAAUGCAUUGAGAAUCUUGAUGUGCAAUUAUUCAGGACUGAAGCAUGCAAGAAAAUGUUGUUAUACCCCAGAAAUGCAGCUGCAGAUCAGUGCAGGAGACUAAAAUUGAAUGUUGAUGAGACUGAGCCGCUGAGGUACUUUCUUGGUGAAGGCGGUCAUUGCCCUCAUUUAAGUCACUAUAAAGAUGUUAUUUGUCGCUGUGGAGAGUGCAUAAAUAUUGAGAAGUUUCUGCCGGAAAAAAAAUGUCUUGCUCAAGAUAGAGGGGUGUUUGUUAAAGAAAUGACCCGGUUUAUGAUAAGUGAUGAAUUACGAGUAAUGCCCCCAUCAACUGAAGAAACCCUUUCUCUACUCUUAAAUCUAGGACUGAUCGAUGGAAUGACCACCGAGGAGUGCAAUCUUGACAUAGGAAUAGAUGAGGUUUUGACUUUGCUCAAGAUUUCACUGGUAUCAAAGACACCUUUGACAGAAACUUUUCUGAAGCACAAUCCACACCGAGUUGGACCAAAAUAUUUUGAUAUGGCAACUAUAUUAAAUCUGAAUGGGGGAACCAGCAUCAGAUGUAAGGGGGAAGACUUUCAUGAUCAAGCUUACAGUCAGCAAAUCCAAGAAAUGUUUCCUCACUGUACCACUUGGGUAUGCAGUGAAGGAAAUGCACACCGCACUUGGAAAGGAUGCGUAAAUCAUCUGUACAAUAGCAUUCAUGAACUUGAUGCUGAGCAAUUUCUGAAAUCAAAUGAGCACAAGGCAAUGCUUCUCAGUCCGAAGCUUGCCCCUAAUUUUGGCUAUGAGAAUCACCCUUUGGGCAUUGAGGAAGAUAAACAUCCGCAAUACUAUUAUGUAUUUUCUGGUAGCAAACUGAUUUCUGAUGAAUCAAUUGUUCCCAGAAGGGAAUUUCAGCUUUAA